AUCUGGGCUUGAUCGAUGAAACGUUCCUGAAAAGUGUGGGGAAGCGAGUGCCUGAUUAGUUUGACCGAGACGAAAAUCCGAUCGAAUCGUAGACGAAGAGGAGAGAAUGGGAGUGAUCUCAUUUGCGGUGGGAGGCGUUGGGUUGAUAGCGGUGGGUGGUCACGAAGCCCUUGUUCACGGGCGAGCCGGAGCGAAGAAAACCCCCUCACCCCUCUUCUGGAUCUCCCUCGUCAUCUUCUCCUCCUUAUUGCUCCUCAACUCCACCGUGUCCCUGCUGGAUGCCCACAACUCAAACGACGCCGUUGGCACCGCCCUUCAGCUGCAGGUCCUCCCCGUCGCUCUGCUCUUCCUCUUCUACUCCCUCCUACCUCUCCUCCUCCCUCUCCCCUCCCCCUUGCUCUCCCUCGUUGCCUCCUUCGCCUUCGCCCUAGAGUUCCUCCUUUUCUACCUUCAGCGCAAAGACCCCACCGGCGUCGAGAAUCGCUACUACGACCUCUUCCUCCUCCCCAUCGCCCUCUGCCUCUUCUGCACUCUCCUCCACGUCAGAUCUCCCUUCUCCCAUUUCCCCAGACUGGGCCUCGGCCUCGGCCUCAUUCUCCAGGGCACUUGGCUCCUCCAAAUGGGCCUCUCUCUCUUCUCGGGCUUCGUCGCCCAUGGCUGCUCCUUGCACCGGCCCAGUAGAGGCAACUACACCUUGCGGUGCCAGGGUCACCCUGAGUUUCACAGAGCUAGGGCUAUUGCCACGCUUCAGUUCAAUUGCCACCUCGCUCUCUUGCUGCUGCUCUUCGUUGCCUUUUUCUCUGCCACCAACUCUGGUUCUAUUCCCACCAGCUACGCCCCACUCGGAGCUGAAUUGCAGCAUAUUCACAACUCUCCCAACUUCACUCUCGAUUCUGAUGACGACACACCCAGCCCCAAGGAGAAGGUUCUCGUUCUCAACGGUAAUGCCGACUGACUCAACUCAACUAUCUUCCUUGCAUUUGUUGCUGUUUUUCUGUUUCUUGUAUUUCAGUUAAUAAUUAUCCAAUUCAAAGUUCCAUUGUAGAGUUUGUAUGUUCAUAUUUCGGUUGCCAACUUGUGUAGAAAUUAAGUGCUGUAUUGUGUGCGAGACCGACCAUAUUCUGCGUGCUAAAUUCCGAGUUGUAUGUAAUAGUCAUUGGAAUUGCUCUGCUGAUUCUUGUUUUGGCUAGUUAGUUCAUUGUAAUGGUAGUUUUAUUCUUAACUUUGCGCUCAA